AUGGCACUUAUGAGCCUUCCCAACCAAGGUCGUCAUGACGUAUUGUUAGAUGGGAAGGUGAGAAAGACAACAAAGCAGCUCGGACCGAGAAGCUGGCCACGGCCGCAAGCCACCGAGAAGCAAAUGAGAGAAAUCGGCCAAGUGAAGAAGCGUUCCAUGGAAGCGAAGAGAAAGCUCGAAGCGAUGGAACAAGAGAAAAGGAGGAUGAAGGGACAGAAGGAGAGGAGACGCGAGGAUAGACGGAAGAUUGUGAAGGACGAAGAAGAGACAGCAUGGAUGCAACAAUCGCUCCAGGGGCUCCAGGAGAAGCGGUUCCUCCUACAUAGUCUUCUUAUUCAAGAACUUGGCGAUCUUCCGGUGAAGCGACUGCCAUUGAAAGCUGAAGUUGAAGAGGGUGGGGCUGUCCAAAAUCAAGCCGAAGGGAAUCUUGACGAAACCGUGGAUGGAGCUGAUAGCCUCAUAGAGGAAGCCGCUGAAGAUGAAGCCGAAGAGAAGAAGAUGAAGAUAAAGAUCCAUGCCAACCUUUCGAGAGUUUUGGAACUUUCUUGUCGAUAUAGUUCUGACACGCUUUGA